UUUAAACUAUCGCAGUAUCGUGUACUAUUGGUUGAAUCAUCGUCCGGAUGUGAUGGGCAGAUCGUCUUACUGUACUUGGCGUAAUACACUGGUAUAGAGACUAUAUCUGAUACUAUAUAAAUAACGAUGGGGAGUCCACUAGCAUGGUUGUGUUUUCUUUGUACGACGAAAGUUACUCUCUGUGGUGCGUAUGUUUGGACCCCCGCAGAGGUAUUUCCUGACAAGAAGACAUGGACGGAAGGAAUGCAAAACUCAGACUGCCAUUUACUUGGACGAGCAUUUAUCGCCGACAGAUUGGAAGAUGUGCGAGUGCAAGGCGUGACCGACAAUUCAGAGUUGUCUACACAAUACUGGAUAGGAGCACAUGUUCAGUACUCAAAGUGGAUGAGAUUCAGUGGUUGCUACCAAAUGGACAUUCAGCAAAUGACAUCGGAAGCUGGAAGUUAUAGCAUCACAGAAUGUUACAAAUUCUGUGAUGGAACAAGUUUCGGAUUAACGAUUGACAAAUGUGUGUGUUUGGACACUCCAGGGCCGGUCAGAAAUACGGACUACGACUAUUGCAUGGCCACACCAUGCCAAAUUGACGUCGGCGAAUUUUGUGGUGAUACUACGUUGUGGUCAAAAACCUGUCUCUGCUGGUACGAUGUCCUUGAUUUACGUAGUGAUAACAGAAUAGGAAACUGUAAAUCAACGAUAAAUAGGCAACUGACAACAACCAACUGCAGUGAUAAACAUGCAUUUCUUUGCCAAAGAAGAAACAAAGUACGUCGUUACCAAGAGAAGAUGAACUGGACAGAAGCAGGCUUUGCCUGUCAUCGUGACCACAGAAGCCAGUUUUUUGACCGACAGUUCCCUAAAAGAAAACGGUCUGGGAGAUAUUGGGUUGGUUUGUUUCGUAAACAAUCAUUCAGUUGGGGAAACAGCACACCGUCAGGAAAAGAAUUCGAUUGUCUGUCUGCAUCGGUCAGCAAGGACGGCAAGCUGAAUACCUUCGUGAGGAAAUGCUAUUCCCGACUACCUUUAUUAUGUAACCAACCAGAACCAAAACUCCCAAAACGCCUCAGCACUUUGGUUUUUACCACCACAGAAACAGUUCAAACGACAAAUACUGCUCAACCAGGGGGUCUCAGCGUCAUUUCGCUAUCUGUCGGGGUAGUAUGUGGUAUACUCGUCACGUUGUUGGCUGUUGUCAUCUUUGUGAUCAUAUACAGAUUCAGAAAAAAAAGGUAUGAUACUCAGGCCUCAAGUAACAGACAGGAGGUCGCUAGUUCCGAUAUUGCUGCGGUACAUUAUGAACACAUUAGACCUGAAAACCGCGAGUGUCAAGUGUACGAUGUGUGUGGCCAUACUUCCGCCACAUACGACUAUAUAACAACACAAGGAGGUAUUGACAAGUCUCCGGAGUAGGGGACAUUUGUAUUUCUUUCUGUACUCAACUAUCCGUAAAUGUUAACGAUAUAGGGGUUUGCGUUUUCAAUUUGUUGAAAGAGUUGACUUCAAAGGACGGGUCGCUCUGAUGACUGUUUCACGGCAAAAGAUGAAUAAACCCAUUUGUUCUGUUAUGUAUUGUCCAUUUUUAGUUCAUUUUUGAUAAGUUAGAAACGACUGAUGUUUUUUUUUUUUUUUAAUAUGUGAGUGGGUGAAAUAUCAUUGUUAAAUCUGUUGUAUUAUUACUCUUCUAGUUCAAAAAGAGAUAUCUAAACAUGUAUGUGAGGACAACUUUUAAAGAAUAGGACGUUCUUACUAUUAGUAACGCGUUCCAAGCAGUCAAAUUCACACAAUUUUUCACCACUUAGUCUUUUAUGAAAUUGGCACAUAUUAUGAUAAAAACUAAUAUGUUGAUUCAGUAUGCGACCUCCGGGUAUGUUUUUAGGGAAUUUCAUGCAAAACAUUUUACUGAUUUAUUUACACCUAAGCCACAGUACAACAGCUAUAUGAACGUCAUCUUUUCUGUUCAUAUUUCCAUUCGCUUUGUUUCAUAUAUUGUUUUUUGGAAGCACAAACUUGAUAUAAGUACAUUUUAUGACUAAAAUGGUGUGUCACAUACUAUUUCAACGUUCUGACACCUAAGGUGGAGCACACGAAGUAAUCAUUUGUUAAAUAAAGUAUUUCACCAAUGUGAGUAUGGCUAUGAUCCAAUGUAGACAAGUACUGUCACACCUCCAGCAUUUUUUGUCGUGUGUAGUAAUGAACUGGACCAGACAACAAACAUAUUAAAAGUAAAGCAAGGGGUUUACGAUAGGUAGAUAGAUCUUCUUAUUUGUAUUGGGCAGGCAACACACAUCAUGUAGAUAUUAAAACAACAGCUAGGUGGUUUAAGAAAGGUUGAUGCUGUUUCUAUAUAUAUGGGUCAGGAUUCAUACAUCCUGUAGAUAUUACAACUAAUGAAAGGGGUUCAAAACGGUAGAUAACUCUUCUUAUUUGUGUAGGACAGGCAACACACAUCCUGCAGAUAUUACAACUACAGCUAGGUGAUACAAAAAAGGUUGAUGCUGUUUCUAUAUAUAUGGACCAGGCUACAUAUAUAUCAUGUAGAUAUUACAACUACAGCAAAGUUUUCAAGAAAUGUGGAUAACUCCUCUUAUUUGUAUGAGGCAGACAACACAAAUCCUGUAGAUAGUACAAUUACAGCUAGGUGGCUUGUGACAAUGCUAUUUUAUUUUGCACGAUUAAGCAUUUGAGAAAAUAUUUAUCCACUUUCCAUAUAAAUGAGUACACAACGCGUAUUGUCAGACUGUAAGGACAGUUCAGUGGUCACCUAACAUUAUAAUCUUUUGGAAAAGUUUGAUAAAACAGGCAUUGAUCUUUUGUGAUAAUGCUGUUGAUACUGAAUACAAUCUUCAAUACAACAAUGGUAUGGGUUCUCUCAGAAAUAUUCCAUCAAAUUGUAUUUUUGUUCAUGCAAAUUGAUUAAAACCGUGUUUAAUAU